UUCGCCAUUUUGUGCUGCUGCUACGCCGGGUAUUUAUCUGAAGAUUCGUGACUAGGCCAUCUACAUUGCUAGUUAGCUAGCUAGGUGUUCUUGUACCUUUCCCAGUUUACAUCUAAAGACCGUUGCCUUCGAUAGGUUUAGUAGCUAAGCCAUUGGGAAACAUAGCAAUAGCCGUUUUGUAUUACUUAGUUUGUUUACUGUGUGAGAAAGAAUGUCGUCCGAAAGCCCCGAAUAUUCUCCGUUCUUCGCAGUGAUGGGUGCCUCUGCGGCUAUGGUUUUCAGCGCCUUAGGAGCAGCCUAUGGGACGGCUAAGAGUGGCACAGGGAUCGCUGCCAUGUCGGUGAUGAGGCCGGAGCUCAUCAUGAAGUCUAUCAUCCCUGUGGUCAUGGCGGGUAUCAUAGCCAUCUACGGCCUGGUAGUAGCGGUGCUCAUUGCCAACAACAUCUCCGAGAAGGUCACCCUCUACAAGAGUUUCCUCCACCUGGGUGCUGGCCUGAGUGUGGGCUUGAGCGGGCUGGCAGCUGGCUUUGCCAUCGGUAUCGUAGGUGACGCGGGCGUUAGGGGCACGGCCCAGCAGCCCCGGCUCUUCGUGGGCAUGAUCCUCAUCUUGAUCUUCGCAGAGGUCCUCGGCCUCUACGGUCUCAUCGUGGCCCUCAUCCUGUCCACGAAAUAAACCACUAACUUCUCCACCAAAAUCUGUCCUAUGUUGCUGCUGGAGAAAAAAAUUGUAAAACCAGAUUUAAAAAACAAAGGAAAAAAUUUAUGACACAAGUCUUAAAGUGACGAACGUGGAAAAUAAUUACAUAAUUAAAAAUGGCUCCGUAAAUAUGGUCUUAUCUCUACAAUGUGUACAGUCGUCCCGAUUUGAUAGUCAAACUUCUUGUAAAUGCGCAAUGUAGUGAUUUGUCUGUUCUGUGUGUGUUUAAAAAUGUACGAAGAUUCUUUCCCCCCACUGGUUUAACGACGUUCAGGCUCACCAGGUUUCUCGCUGGUUUCUGCCUCGUCUUAGAGAGCUCACCAAAGGGCCCCACUGCUUUCUAUCCUCCUGCAUUGAUUUGGGAGUUCACACGAUUUCUGCAUUAAUGUCUAUGGGGAUCUAUUUGUAAAGAGAAAUGUAUGGACUUAACUUUGUUUUUUGUAUUUUUUCUCCACUGGUUUUAUUUAAAGAAUUGUUCAAUGAAUCUGUUUUAAAUGGAGCAAACAUUUUAAAUUCCCUAGGAGAUAUAUACAUACAUAUAAAUAUCUAUAUAGAUUUAAUGCACUGUGGGUUAAUUGUGAUGUGGUUGGAUUUCCUCUGGAUGUAUCAACGUACUUGGUUUAAAAUUAAGAUUGCCUUUAGUGUGUGGCUGGUGGAGUGGGAGUUGUGUAAUUGUGUAGUUUAAUCAUUACAAACAUUCUUGAAACACUUCAAUGUUUUCCUGUAGUACUGCUGUUUGAUUGCAUUAAAGGUAUGUGUGCCCAGUGUUGGGUCUCACAAGUGUAAUUUCCAAAAC